CACACAACAAAUAAGUGAAUCGACGUGUCAAUACCGAAUUCGCGGUGGAAUAAAUUUGUGUAAAUAUUGUAAAUAAUGAAUAUCCAAAGUAUUGGCUCUUGACGAUCACUCAAUUCACGUAAUGGAACGUAUUCAGUGAUCUCCAGUGAUCUAAUGUCACACGAACUGCCAAAUCGGCCUGUGUUAACCUCUCUUUUUUCAUUUUUGUACAAGUUUUUUCAAAGUUUAUUAUCUUUUGGUCCUCAAAAGAUGUUGUGAAAUUUCGCUGAACACCGUCUUCCUCCGUAGUGGUCAAUUAUUCUCACUUUCGUACUCAUACUUUUUUAUUGAUAUUUUAUUCAUUAUGCUGAGGAGGAGGAAUGUCAAUUUGAAAACAGUCACCCAGCUGGACGCUUUUCCAAAGGUGCCUGAGAGCUAUACAAAUAAAUCGGCUGUUGGUGGAACCUUUUCAUUCAUAACAUUCUGCAUAAUAUGUUAUCUGAUAAUCUCUGAGACUCGUUACUUCCUGGACGCGAGGCUGUGGUUCAAAUUCGAGCCGGACACUGAAAUCGACGCUAAACUAAAAAUAAACGUCGACAUAACAGUAGCAAUGACCUGCGGUAAAAUAGGAGCUGAUGUCCUGGACUCCACGAAUGAAAACCUCCUGGAAUUCGAGCCCCUCUCCGAGGAGGACACCUGGUGGGACUUGUCAACCAAUCAGAGAUCCCACUUUGAUUCUCUCAAACACAUGAACUCGUACCUGAGAGAGGAGUACCACGCGAUCCACGAACUACUGUGGAAAUCCCAUCAAGUUGCAUUCAUGGGCGAGAUGCCGAAACGGAGUACGGAGCCUAGUCAUCCACCGGAUGCUUGUCGCAUUUAUGGCAGCAUAAAUGUCAAUAAAGUUGCUGGGAAUUUUCAUAUUACCGCUGGCAAGUCUCUCUCACUGCCGCGGGGUCAUGUGCAUAUUUCUGCAUUUAUGACUAGUCAGGAUUAUAACUUCACACAUCGAAUUAAUAAGUUUUCGUUUGGAGAUGAAAGCCCUGGGAUUGUACAGCCCCUCGAUGGAGAUGAAAAAAUUGCUGAUGAAAAUAUGAUGUUAUAUCAAUACUUCAUAGAAGUCGUUCCCACCGACAUCCAGACAUUAUUAAGAACCACUAAAACCUACCAAUACAGUGUGAAGGACUACGCACGACCAAUAGACCACCACAAAGGCUCCCACGGAGUACCAGGAAUUUUCUUCAAAUACGACACAAGUGCAUUAAAAAUUAAAGUUACCCAAGAGCGUGACUCUGUGAUUCAAUUUCUCGUAAAGCUCUGUGCUGUUGUUGGGGGAAUAUUCGUGACCAGUGGAUUGAUCAAUAGUAUUGUUCAGACGUGUUAUUACGUCAUUUCUUGUAAAUUUUUCAGAAAUAAUGAGGUCAAGGACGAGAGAAAAAUUGUGCACAACUCGAUUAUCAAUGAUAAAGCAAUAACACCACUCAAUCUUGUGAAUGUUGCUGCUCCUGAGACCAUUGAUGUUACGUUGAAGCCUCAAUAAAAUGUUUAUAUAGA